UCUGAGCUCUGCUGUAUCUGUCACGACAGAACAAAAUUUUUAAAAAGAAAACAAACGAAAAAAACACAGAAGAAGAGAAACGCUUCAGACUAUGGAACGCUGUAGAAGUUUCUGAAACAUUUGCUGGGGAUUUUCGUGGAGCAUGAUCUUUUAAAAACAAUUCUUUUUGAAGCCGGUUUGGCUAACUGGGAAAAUGAUACAUAUGCUAAAUGCAGCAGCUGAUCGAGUGAAAUGGACCAGAUCGAGUGCUGCUAAAAGGGCUGCCUGCCUGGUGGCUGCAGCAUAUGCUCUGAAAACGUUCUAUCCCAUCAUUGGCAAGCGUUUAAAGCAGUCUGGCCACAGGAAGAAAAAAGAAGCUUACCCGGCAGCAGAGAACAGAGAAAUACUGCAUUGCACCGAGGCCACUUGUAAAAAACCUUCGCCUGGAGUGAAUGCAGAUUUUUUCAAACAGCUGCUAGAACUUCGAAAAAUUCUCUUUCCAAAACUUGUGACCACUGAAACGGGAUGGCUCUGCCUCCACUCCGUAGCUCUAAUCUCAAGAACCUUUCUGUCUAUCUAUGUAGCUGGUUUGGAUGGAAAAAUCGUGAAAAGUAUUGUGGAAAAGAAGCCUCGGACUUUCAUCAUCAAAUUAAUCAAGUGGCUUAUGAUUGCCAUCCCUGCCACUUUUGUCAACAGUGCAAUAAGGUACCUGGAGGGCAAGUUAGCCUUGGCCUUCAGAACUCGCCUAGUAGACCAUGCCUAUGAAACCUAUUUUACAAAUCAGACUUAUUAUAAAGUGAUCAAUAUGGAUGGGAGGCUGGCAAACCCUGACCAGUCUCUCACUGAGGAUAUUAUGAUGUUCUCUCAAUCUGUGGCUCACUUGUAUUCCAAUCUGACCAAACCUAUUUUAGAUGUAAUCCUGACCUCUUAUACGCUCAUCCAGACUGCUACAUCCAGAGGAGCAAGCCCAACUGGACCCACACUAUUAGCAGGGCUUGUGGUAUAUGCCACUGCUAAAGUGUUGAAAGCCUGCUCUCCCAAAUUUGGUAAAUUGGUGGCUGAAGAAGCUCAUAGAAAAGGCUAUUUGCGGUACGUGCACUCCAGAAUUAUAGCCAAUGUUGAAGAAAUUGCCUUUUACAGAGGACAUAAGGUAGAAAUGAAGCAACUCCAGAAAAGUUACAAAGCUUUAGCAGAUCAGAUGAACCUCAUUUUAUCCAAACGUUUGUGGUACAUCAUGAUAGAGCAGUUCUUGAUGAAGUAUGUUUGGAGCUGCAGUGGACUAAUUAUGGUGGCUGUACCUAUUAUUACUGCAACUGGCUUUGCAGAUGGUGAUCUAGAGGAUGGUCAAAAACAAGCUAUGGUUAGUGAACGGACAGAAGCCUUUACCACUGCUCGAAAUUUAUUGGCCUCUGGAGCUGAUGCUAUUGAAAGGAUUAUGUCUUCAUACAAAGAGAUCACUGAAUUAGCAGGCUAUACUGCUAGAGUAUACAAUAUGUUUUGGGUCUUUGAUGAAGUAAAAAGAGGCAUUUAUAAGAGAUCUGCUGUCAUGCAAGAGUCUGAAAACCAUAGCAACAGUGGAGCUAAUAGGGACUUACCCCUCAAUGAGACAUUGGAAAUCAAAGGGAAAGUUAUUGAUGUGGAUCAUGGAAUUAUUUGUGAAAAUGUUCCCAUAAUUACACCAACUGGAGAAGUGGUGGCUUCCAGGCUAAACUUCAAAGUAGAAGAAGGAAUGCAUCUUUUGAUAACUGGUCCCAAUGGUUGUGGGAAGAGUUCUCUCUUCAGAAUUUUAAGUGGUCUCUGGCCUGUGUAUGAAGGAGUCCUGUAUAAACCACCUCCACAACACAUGUUCUAUAUUCCACAAAGGCCAUACAUGUCUCUCGGAAGUCUUCGGGAUCAAGUCAUUUACCCUGAUUCAGUGGAUGACAUGCAUGAUAAGGGCUACACAGAUCAUGAUCUAGACUGUAUCCUACACCAUGUGCAUCUCUAUCAUAUAGUUCAAAGAGAAGGAGGAUGGGAUGCGGUUAUGGACUGGAAAGAUGUCCUGUCAGGGGGAGAAAAGCAAAGAAUGGGCAUGGCUCGUAUGUUUUAUCACAGACCAAAAUAUGCAUUGCUAGAUGAAUGCACCAGUGCUGUCAGCAUUGAUGUCGAAGGGAAGAUAUUUCAGGCUGCAAAAGGAGCUGGAAUUUCCUUACUUUCUAUAACACACAGGCCUUCUCUUUGGAAAUACCACACUCAUUUGUUACAGUUUGAUGGUGAAGGAGGUUGGCGCUUUGAACAAUUGGAUACUGCUAUUCGUUUAACACUGAGUGAAGAAAAACAAAAGCUAGAAUCUCAGCUAGCUGGAAUUCCCAAAAUGCAGCAGAGACUCAAUGAACUAUGUAAAAUUUUGGGAGAAGACUCAGUGCUAAAAACAAUAAAAAAUGAAGAUGAGACAUCCUAAUUUGUUUUGACAUGUUUCAAAUGUUUAUUUUUAGUUAAAGGCUCAGAGCCACUGUUAUAGUGCAUGCAUUGUGUUAAGCUAAGCACAGAGGAAAAAAGGGAGAAAGAAAUGUUUUGUAAGGUUUUAGCAUCAAGUAAAUAUAUGAUCUGACUUUUCAGAAGAAAACAAACAAAUGCAUUAUGUAAAAUUAGUCAUUAUGGCUUACACUAAUUCCUAGUGAAAGCCUAAUUGCCAUGUAAAACAGGAUUUUCUAGGUGAAUUCAUGGUGAAUACUAGAUUUGCUAUGUGAAUACGAUGUGCCCGAAAUUCUUCACAAAUAUGGGCGACAGCUUAAGAAUGGAACAGCUUAAGAGCAGCAUCUGGGUAAAAACUAAGUACAUAAAAUUAGAAGUUUGAGUAACAUUUCAGCCCAUUUAUGGUUAUUAGCUUCAACAGCUAGAAUUCCUGUUCCUUAUUUCUAGAGGUCAACUAAAUCUGUAUACAGAGUAGCUAACAGUUGGAUAAAUAAUUUCAAUAUAAAAAAAUUCUUUUAGUGGCAGUGAUUGAAAGAAAGAAGCAUGGCUAUACAUGUAGAAAAUGCCAUAUUUUUAAUUUUAGCUUUUGAGCAUCUCAA